AUGUCAUCCGCACUAUCCAAUUCUUCAUACAUGUCAUCUUUGACAAAAAACCCAUUAACUUCUGCAUUACUUUCAUUGGCUCCAUUUUUUGGCUCGCUUGCCAAGCACAUUCUAUUUGUCUUGAUUUUAUUGAAUGUGAAAUCGUUGCCAACCGUUUAUCAUUGGCGAUGUUGGUUUCUAUUUCAAAAGAUUAUAUGGCGAAGAAAACGAGAGUUGCGGGAGAGAAAGGAAGGAAAGAUCGAAAAGAAAACGAAUAGCCAAGAGCUGUUUCGAGUUUUUAGACAGGAGCAUCGAUUGUGGCCUGACGAUCUUGAUCUUAAUAUUCAUAUGAAUAAUAGUUCGUAUCUCAAAGUUUUGGAUUUUUUGCGUAUUGAACAAAUUUUCACGUUAUUCGGCGAUUUACUUAUACCAAAAGAAUUAUAUUUGGCUAAUGGUGGCUGCAAAAUCGUCUACAAAAAAGAAAUUCCACCAUUCGCAAAAUACACGGUCGAGAGUUGUGUUCUUACAUGGAACGAUAAAUGGGUAUUUAUCCUCUCUCGGUUUCUUCUUCCCUCGAAAGCAAAGACAUCCGCGGAUAAGGAUCCGAUAGUUGCAACCAUCGUCGUGAACAAGUUGGUGUUUAAAGAACCGAACGGAAAAACCGCCGAGCCUGCUGCUGUGUUUGAGAGACUUGGGUUUUUUAAGGGUGAGAGUGAGGAAGAGAGGAACGAGAGAGAAGCGGCGCGGAAAAAAUUGUGGACAUUUGUUGAGUCUGGAGUCGAUAAGCUGUUUGAGGAGAACGGGAUUUGGAAACGCGUGACGUAA